UGCGAACAAUUGUGCAAACAACGAACUACCGUCACCGCGUUUCGGUAUGCUGUAAGUCUACUUCUUACUUCUAUGAACGAUCUGUAUUGGUUUUAAUUUUUAAAUAUAACCAACAAUAAACGAAAAAAUGCGAAUAUGGACCAUUAUAUUAUAUACCAUCAUUAUAAUAUAUCAGAACCACGUAUACCACACAGCCCCGGUGGGCAAAUCGGGAAGUGCUAAAAAAGGUGAAUUGAAAACGAAAUUCGGUAAAAUUGCAGACCAAAUAAUUAACCCAAAAUGGACAUUAAUUGUAAAGAUCCAGAUUCAAAAAAAAAAGAAAAAUGAUUCCGACCCAUCCAAUAACACGGUAAACGAGAAAGAUGAAAACCAAACACAACCAAAUACACCAAAUACACAAAAUAAUGAUGGCAAUAGAAUACCUAAGAUAAACAAUAAAAGAAAGCGUAAGAAAUCAAAUAAUAAAAGAAACAGUAAUAAAAGAAAACAAAAUAAUAAAAGACGUAAUGGAAGACACAGAUGGUACAAAAUGGUUACAGUGGACUAUUUACUAGGUGAUUUACCAGAAUAUAGAAAUCAUGAAGAUGAACAGAACAUUGUACUGAUAUGGGGCGAUGGCGAUGAACGAAAAAUUGAAUUGAAUGAACAUGUUGACGCACUAUCAAUGAAAAAUUUAAAUAAUAACCAACUAAUACGGAAAAAAAGAGAUUACAAUAAUACAUUUCAACUUCAAAAUAAAUUACAAACCAAAAAUUUUAAACAGGAAGAUUUGACAGAAAAUGAAAAAGAUAAAUUAAAUAUUGAAGCAAAUGCAAAGGAUCGUAGCCAAGACGUAGAAAGACAAAAUAAAAAGAAGAAUAUUAAUAAAAUCAUCGAAAAAUCAAGGGACCCCAACAGUAUUGAUAAGGAAUUAAGUUUAAUUGACAAUUUAGAGGACGAUGAAAAUAUCUACAGUAAUAGUAUUGAAAAUAGCAAUGAAAGCAUGAAAUUUUUAAAUUUAAAAAACUCAAAUAAAAAUAAAUUUCAACACUUUGUAAGGCGACCAAACCAUGCACAAAAAUUAGGUAAAACUUCAGGAAAGAAUUAUAGUGAAACGGAAAGUUUGCCUCUGAAAACUGUAAAACAAAAGCCUAACAAUUUAAACAACAUACCAACAAUAUCAAAAUAUGAACCAGAAUUUACCCCUAAAGGAAACGCUGACACUGCCACAGACAUUCCUGAAUUCAAUGAAAUUGAUUCAAUGAUGGGUGAAUUAGAUAGUCAAAAUAAUGAAUUAUAUUCAUCUUCAUUAGAAACAAAAAUGGAAAUUCCAAAUUACAGCGAUAUUGAAGAUAAUAAAGAAAGCGACAUUUUAAACAAUAAAAGACAUCCUGUAAAAUCUAAAUCAAAAAAGAAAAGAAAAAAACAGCCAGAUAAAAAUAAAAAACUCCAAAAUAGAAUAAAACAAAAAAUAGGUAAACCAUUAGCAUCAAAUAAUAUUAACGAAAAAGGGUCACAUCAGAAGACUAUUAAACCAAACUUACCAAGCACAAAUGAUAUACUGAUAAUAUCGUACGAUGAACCAGAAAUGAAGACGAAAGUAAACUCCGACAUUGCCGAAAACAACCCAGAACCUGAUGAAAUUGAUAAUAUAAUGGAUGCAAUGAACUCGAAUUCCGAUGAAAAUCUAGAUGAUCAGAACAAUAGUUCAUAUCCAUCGUCAUUAGAAACAAAACAGGAAAUUCCAAAUUACAGCGAUAUUGAAGAUAUUAAAGAACAUGAUAUUUUAAACAAUAUAAAACAUCCGUUAAAACCAAAAUCAAAAAGUUCGGGAAAAAAGCAGUCAGAUGAUAAUGAUAAACUGCCAAAAACAAUAAAACGAAAACUAACUCCACCCUUGGAAUUAAAUAAUAAUCACGAAAAAGGAUCUCCACAGAAAUCUCUUAAGCCACUCGCACUAAAUUUAAACGAAAUACCAAGAAAAUCAAAUGAUGUACCAAAUCUUACCACAGGAGGAAAUAAUGAUAAAGUAACAAACACCCCAGGACCUGAUGAAAUUGAUAAUAUAAUGGAUGCAAUGAACUCGAAUUCCGAUGAAAAGCUAGAUGAUCAGAACAAUAGUUCAUAUCCAUCGUCAUUAGAAACAAAACAGGAAAUUCCAAAUUACAGCGAUAUCGAAGAUUUUAAAGAACAUGAUAUUUUAAACAAUAUAAAACAUCCGUUAAAACCUAAAUCAAAGAAGUCAGGAAAAAAGCAGUCAGAUGAUAAUGAUAAACUGCCAAAAACAAUAAAACAAAAAUUAACUCAACCAUUGGAAUUAAAUAAAAAUAACGAAAAAGAAUCUCCACGGAAAUCUCUUAGGCCACUCGCACCAAAUUUAAACGAAAUACCAAGAAAAUCAAAUGAUGUACCAAAUCUUACCACAGGAGGAAAUAAUGAUAAAGUAACAAACACCCCAGGACCUGAUGAAAUUGAUAAUAUAAUGGAUGCAAUGAACUCGAAUUCCGAUGAAAAGCUAGAUGAUCAGAACAAUAGUUCAUAUCCAUCGUCAUUAGAAACAAAACAGGAAAUUCCAAAUUACAGCGAUAUCGAAGAUUUUAAAGAACAAGAUAUUUUAAACAAUAUAAAACAUCCGUUAAAACCUAAAUCAAAGAAGUCAGGAAAAAAGCAGUCAGAUGAUAAUGAUGAACUGCCAAAAACAAUAAAACAAAAACUAACUCCACCCUUGGAAUUAAAUAAUAAUCACGAAAAAGGAUCUCCACAGAAAUCUCUUAAGCCACUCGCACUAAAUUUAAACGAAAUACCAAGAAAAUCAAAUGAUGUACCAAAUCUUACCACAGGAGGAAAUAAUGAUAAAGUAACAAACACCCCAGGACCUGAUGAAAUUGAUAAUAUAAUGGAUGCAAUGAACUCGAAUUCCGAUGAAAAGCUAGAUGAUCAGAACAAUAGUUCAAAUCCAUCGUCAUUAGAAACAAAACAGGAAAUUCCAAAUUACAGCGAUAUCGAAGAUUUUAAAGAACAUGAUAUUUUAAACAAUAUAAAACAUCCGUUAAAACCAAAAUCAAAAAGUUCGGGAAAAAAGCAGUCAGAUGAUAAUGAUAAACAGCUAAAAACAAUAAAACAAAAACUAACUCCACCCUUGGAAUUAAAUAAUAAUCACGAAAAAGGAUCUCCACAGAAAUCUCUUAAGCCACUCGCACUAAAUUUAAACGAAAUACCAAGAAAAUCAAAUGAUGUACCAAAUCUUACCACAGGAGGAAAUAAUGAUAAAGUAACAAACACCCCAGGACCUGAUGAAAUUGAUAAUAUAAUGGAUGCAAUGAACUCGAAUUCCGAUGAAAAGCUAGAUGAUCAGAACAAUAGUUCAUAUCCAUCGUCAUUAGAAACAAAACAGGAAAUUCCAAAUUACAGCGAUAUUGAAGAUAUUAAAGAACAUGAUAUUUUAAACAAUAUAAAACAUCCGUUAAAACCAAAAUCAAAAAGUUCGGGAAAAAAGCAGUCAGAUGAUAAUGAUAAACAGCUAAAAACAAAAAAACAAAAACUAACUCCAUCCUUGGAAUUAAAUAAUAAUAACGAAAAAGGAUCUCCACAGAAAUCUCUUAAGCCACUCGCACUAAAUUUAAACGAAAUACCAAGAAAAUCAAAUGAUGUACCAAAUCUUACCACAGGAGGAAAUAAUGAUAAAGUAACAAACACCCCAGGACCUGAUGAAAUUGAUAAUAUAAUGGAUGCAAUGAACUCGAAUUCCGAUGAAAAGCUAGAUGAUCAGAACAAUAGUUCAAAUCCAUCGUCAUUAGAAACAAAACAGGAAAUUCCAAAUUACAGCGAUAUCGAAGAUUUUAAAGAACAAGAUAUUUUAAACAAUAUAAAACAUCCGUUAAAACCUAAAUCAAAGAAGUCAGGAAAAAAGCAGUCAGAUGAUAAUGAUGAACUGCCAAAAACAAUAAAACAAAAACUAACUCCACCCUUGGAAUUAAAUAAUAAUCACGAAAAAGGAUCUCCACAGAAAUCUCUUAAGCCACUCGCACUAAAUUUAAACGAAAUACCAAGAAAAUCAAAUGAUGUACCAAAUCUUACCACAGGAGGAAAUAAUGAUAAAGUAACAAACACCCCAGGACCUGAUGAAAUUGAUAAUAUAAUGGAUGCAAUGAACUCGAAUUCCGAUGAAAAGCUAGAUGAUCAGAACAAUAGUUCAAAUCCAUCGUCAUUAGAAACAAAACAGGAAAUUCCAAAUUACAGCGAUAUCGAAGAUUUUAAAGAACAUGAUAUUUUAAACAAUAUAAAACAUCCGUUAAAACCAAAAUCAAAAAGUUCGGGAAAAAAGCAGUCAGAUGAUAAUGAUAAACAGCUAAAAAAUAUAAAACAAAAACUAACUCCACCCUUGGAAUUAAAUAAUAAUCACGAAAAAGGAUCUCCACAGAAAUCUCUUAAGCCACUCGCACUAAAUUUAAACGAAAUACCAAGAAAAUCAAAUGAUGUACCAAAUCUUACCACAGGAGGAAAUAAUGAUAAAGUAACAAACACCACAGGACCUGAUGAAAUUGAUAAUAUAAUGGAUGCAAUGAACUCGAAUUCCGAUGAAAAGCUAGAUGAUCAGAACAAUAGUUCAAAUCCAUCGUCAUUAGAAACAAAACAGGAAAUUCCAAAUUACAGCGAUAUCGAAGAUUUUAAAGAACAUGAUAUUUUAAACAAUAUAAAACAUCCGUUAAAACCAAAAUCAAAAAGUUCGGGAAAAAAGCAGUCAGAUGAUAAUGAUAAACAGCUAAAAACAAUAAAACAAAAACUAACUCCACCCUUGGAAUUAAAUAAUAAUCACGAAAAAGGAUCUCCACAGAAAUCUCUUAAGCCACUCGCACUAAAUUUAAACGAAAUACCAAGAAAAUCAAAUGAUGUACCAAAUCUUACCACAGGAGGAAAUAAUGAUAAAGUAACAAACACCCCAGGACCUGAUGAAAUUGAUAAUAUAAUGGAUGCAAUGAACUCGAAUUCCGAUGAAAAGCUAGAUGAUCAGAACAAUAGUUCAAAUCCAUCGUCAUUAGAAACAAAACAAGAAAUUCCAAAUUACAGCGAUAUCGAAGAUUUUAAAGAACAUGAUAUUUUAAACAAUAUAAAACAUCCGUUAAAACCUAAAUCAAAGAAGUCGGGAAAAAAGCAGUCAGAUGAUAAUGAUAAACUGCCAAAAACAAUAAAACAAAAACUAACUCCACCCUUGGAAUUAAAUAAUAAUCACGAAAAAGGAUCUCCACAGAAAUCUCUUAAGCCACUCGCACUAAAUUUAAACGAAAUACCAAGAAAAUCAAAUGAUGUACCAAAUCUUACCACAGAAGGAAAUUAUGAUAAAGUAACAAACAUUCCAGAACCUGAUGAAAUUGAUAAUAUAAUGGAUGCAAUGAACUCGAAUUCCGAUGAAAAGCUAGAUGAUCAGAACAAUAGUUCAAAUCCAUCGUCAUUAGAAACAAAACAGGAAAUUCCAAAUUACAGCGAUAUUAAAGAUCAUGAUAUUUUUAAAAAGUUAGAAUAUCGAUUACAACCUACAUCAAAAACGCUGUCAAAUAACAAUGAAAAAUUUCCAAAUAAACAUAAAAUAAAUAUAGGUACACAAUUAAAACCAAAUAAUAUUGUAGCAAAAGAUUCGUUUCAGAAUUAUAAUAUUACUCCUAAUGUCAAAUUAUACAAUGAAACUGACGCAUGUUCAAAUGGCGAUUUAUUGGCCAGUACAGGUAGAGAAAAAUUGCCUAAAACAGAUAUUGAUGAUAUAGCUAUUAUUCCAGAGAAAAUAUAUGAUAACAGUUCAAGAAAUUCAAAUGUCAAUAAAUUUAAAUCUGAACCUCCAAAUGACGACUAUAAACUAAUUGUAGAGAAGAAUAAGCCCGGGACAAAAUCACAUCUUAUUUCAAAUGCAAAAUUAAAAACUCCUCAUUUGAUUGAAGAAAUUAUUCAAACUACAAACAAAACACCAACAAAUUGCAAUACCUUACCAUUAAUGGAUAUUCAUGCUAAUGAUAUUGACACAAUAGACAUUUCAAAAGAUUACAACAAUUUGGGAAGCAUGACAAUGGAGGAUUCUGAUGUUGAAAAAACCAAAGAUAAAUCACCUAACAGAAAAAAUGAACAAAAUCACGUCUUAAAGAAAAAAAAAAAAAUAAAUCCUAAAAUAAAUAACAAUAAAUUUCAACCAGAAAUAGCUGAGUAUGCUAAAUCAUCGAAUUACAAAGAUAAAACACCAGGUGACCAAUUAGAGAUAAUUAAUAAUGUUUCAAACAAAAAUCCAAGAGAAGAAAAACUGAAUGAUAAGACAAGUUCUAGGAUGCCAAUGCCGGACUCCAACGUCAGACAACCAACAAAUACAGCUUUCAAUAAUAAUAUUUUUCAUAACGUAACUCAACCAAACCCUUUUGAAUCAAAAACUGGGAAACCUAUAUCCUUUGAAGAUACUAUUAAAGGUAAAAGUGUCAAUAUACCGACUCCAGGUAUUACAAAACCCGAGGAAAGAAUUUCUAAUAAUAUACCUAGUAAUUACAAGACAAUUAAACCUGAGCUAGCUACUAGUAUUGGUGCACUGAGUUUUUCUGAUGAAGAGCCAGAUGAUUUAUUGGCGUUAAUUAUAGAUCAUUCAUAUGAGAAAGUCAAUGAAGAAAAACCAAGUGAUAAAUCCAUUUCAAGUUCAUUUGAAGAAUUAUUAAAAAGCCCCAUAGAUAAAGAUUGCUUACUAUUACCUUCAAUAAAUGUUGAUGAUAUAAAUGUUACACCGAUAGAAAAACAUGACAAGAAUUUACCAAGUUCAAAAGACGAUAAAACUGAAUUUUCCAUUCCAUGUGACCACAAUAGUCAAAAGAUUUUAGAAAAAAAGAAAUCUUUGGAAAAUUUAAGCCCCAAUUCAAAAACAAUAAUCAAAACACCACAUAUUACGGAAGAACCUACUUUAAAUAAACAUGAUAAACCAAAUAUUCAUAGUAAAACCCCAUCUAUAGAUAAUCCUGAUAAAGAUGUCGAAUUUUUAGACAUUUCGGACGAUUACAACAACUUGGGUGAUAUGACAAUGGAAGAUUCGGAUUUAAAAAAAACUGAAGAUAAAUCACCUAAUAAAAAAACAAAACAUGAUAACAGUAUAACGGAAAAGAAUAAACCGAUUCGCGAAAUGAAUUACAAGAAAGUAAAACCAGAGGUAUCUGAUAGUAUUGGUGCACUGAACUUCUCUGGUGAAAAUCCAGAUGAUAAAUUGGCCCUUUUUAAUGAUAAUUCAUAUGAAAAAGUCAAUGAAGAAAAACCAAGUGAUAAAUCAAUUGUAUUAGUGCCGACGACGGAUAAAAUUCCAAAGCCUGAAAAACGAUUAUCAACUGAUGAAACUUUCGAUAAGAACAGUGAUAGUAUUCUUAAUAAAGUACCCCAAACAAAUCCCUUUGAAUCAAAACCUGGGAUACCUAUAUCCGAUGAUGAUGCUCUUAAUGGUAAAAGUAAUUUUAUUCCUAUUCCGAGUAUUUCAAAAAACGAUGAAGGUACUUCUAAUAAUUCACCUGGAAUUCAAAAAAUAAUUGAUCUAGUCGAUAAUUCAGUUUCAAGUUCAAUUGAAGAAAUAUUAAAAAGCCCCAUAGAUAAAGAUGGCUUACUAUUACCUUCAAUAAAUGUUGAUGAUAUAAAUGUUACACCGAUAGAAAAACAUGACAAGAAUUUACCAAGUUCAAAAGACGAUAAAACUGAAUUUUCCAUUCCAUGUGACCACAAUAGUCAAAAGAUUUUAGAAAAAAAGAAAUCUUUGGAAAAUUUAAGCCCCAAUUCAAAAACAAUAAUCAAAACACCACAUAUUACGGAAGAACCUACUUUAAAUAAACAUGAUAAACCAAAUAUUCAUAGUAAAACCCCAUCUAUAGAUAAUCCUGAUAAAGAUGUCGAAUUUUUAGACAUUUCGGACGAUUACAACAACUUGGGUGAUAUGACAAUGGAAGAUUCGGAUUUAAAAAAAACUGAAGAUAAAUCACCUAAUAAAAAAACAAAACAUGAUAACAGUAUAACGGAAAAGAAUAAAUCGAUUCCCGAUAUGAAUUACAAGAAAGUUAAACCAGAGGUAGCUGAAAGUAUUGGUUCACUGAAUUUCUCUGAUGAAAAGCCAGAUGAUAAAUUGGCAUUUAUUGAUGAUCAUUUAUAUAAAAAGGCCAAUGAUAUAAAACCAAUUGAUAAACCAAUUGUUUUAGAGCCGACGAAGGAUAAAAUUCCAAAGCCUGAAAAACGAUUAUCAACUGAUGAAACUUUCGAUAAGAAUAGUUAUAAGGACAGUGAUAGUAUUCUCCAUAAAGUAUCCCAAACAAAACCCUUUGAAUCAAAACCUGGGAAACCUAUAUCCGAUGAUGAUGCUCUUAAUGGUAAAAAUAAUUUUAUUCCUAUUCCGAGUAUUUCAAAAAACGAUGAAGGUACUUCUAAUAAUUCACCUGGAAUUCAAAAAAUAAUUGAUCUAGUCGAUAAUUCAGUUUCAAGUUCAAUUGAAGAAAUAUUAAAAAGCCCCAUAGAUAAAGAUGGCUUACUAUUACCUUCAAUAAAUGUUGAUGAUAUAAAUGUUACACCGAUAGAAAAACAUGACAAGAAUUUACCAAGUUCAAAAGACGAUAAAACUGAAUUUUCCAUUCCAUGUGACCACAAUAGUCAAAAGAUUUUAGAAAAAAAGAAAUCUUUGGAAAAUUUAAGCCCCAAUUCAAAAACAAUAAUCAAAACACCACAUAUUACGGAAGGACCUACUUUAAAUAAACAUGAUAAACCAAAUAUUCAUAGUAAAACCCCAUCUAUAGAUAAUCCUGAUAAAGAUGUCGAAUUUUUAGACAUUUCGGACGAUUACAACAACUUGGGUGGUAUGACAAUGGAAGAUUCGGAUUUAAAAAAAACUGAAGAUAAAUCACCUAAUAAAAAAACAAAACAUGAUAACAGUAUAACGGAAAAGAAUAAAUCGAUUCCCGAUAUGAAUUACAAGAAAGUUAAACCAGAGGUAUCUGAUAGUAUUGGUGCACUGAACUUCUCUGGUGAAAAUCCAGAUGAUAAAUUGGCCCUUUUUAAUGAUAAUUCAUAUGAAAAAGUCAAUGAAGAAAAACCAAGUGAUAAAUCAAUUGUAUUAGUGCCGACGACGGAUAAAAUUCCAAAGCCUGAAAAACGAUUAUCAACUGAUGAAACUUUCGAUAAGAACAGUGAUAGUAUUCUUAAUAAAGUACCCCAAACAAAUCCCUUUGAAUCAAAACCUGGGAAACCUAUAUCCGAUGAUGAUGCUCUUAAUGGUAAAAGUAAUUUUAUUCCUAUUCCGAGUAUUUCAAAAAACGAUGAAGGUACUUCUAAUAAUUCACCUGGAAUUCAAAAAAUAAUUGAUCUAGUCGAUAAUUCAGUUUCAAGUUCAAUUGAAGAAAUAUUAAAAAGCCCCAUAGAUAAAGAUGGCUUACUAUUACCUUCAAUAAAUGUUGAUGAUAUAAAUGUUACACCGAUAGAAAAACAUGACAAGAAUUUACCAAGUUCAAAAGACGAUAAAACUGAAUUUUCCAUUCCAUGUGACCACAAUAGUCAAAAGAUUUUAGAAAAAAAGAAAUCUUUGGAAAAUUUAAGCCCCAAUUCAAAAACAAUAAUCAAAACACCACAUAUUACGGAAGAACCUACUUUAAAUAAACAUGAUAAACCAAAUAUUUAUAGUAAAACCCCAUCUAUAGAUAAUCCUGAUAAAGAUGUCGAAUUUUUAGACAUUUCGGACGAUUACAACAACUUGGGUGAUAUGACAAUGGAAGAUUCGGAUUUAAAAAAAACUGAAGAUAAAUCACCUAAUAAAAAAACAAAACAUGAUAACAGUAUAACGGAAAAGAAUAAAUCGAUUCCCGAUAUGAAUUACAAGAAAGUUAAACCAGAGGUAGCUGAAAGUAUUGGUUCACUGAAUUUCUCUGAUGAAAAGCCAGAUGAUAAAUUGGCAUUCAUUGAUGAUCAUUUAUAUAAAAAGGCCAAUGAUAUAAAACCAAUUGAUAAACCAAUUGUUUUAGAGCCGACGAAAGAUAAAAUUCCAAAGCCUGAAAAACGAUUAUCAACUGAUGAAACUUUCGAUAAGAAUAGUUAUAAGGACAGUGAUAGUAUUCUCCAUAAAGUAUCCCAAACAAAACCCUUUGAAUCAAAACCUGGGAAACCUAUAUCCGAUGAUGAUGCUCUUAAUGGUAAAAGUAAUUUUAUUCCUAUUCCGAGUAUUUCAAAAAACGAUGAAGGUAUUUCUAAUAAUUCACCUGGAAUUCAAAAAAUAAUUGAUCUAGUCGAUAAUUCAGUUUCAAGUUCAAUUGAAGAAAUAUUAAAAAAGCCCAUAGAUAAAGAUGGCUUACUAUUACCUUCAAUAAAUGUUGAUGAUAUAAAUGUUACACCGAUAGAAAAACAUGACAAGAAUUUACCAAGUUCAAAAGACGAUAAAACUGAAUUUUCCAUUCCAUGUGACCACAAUAGUCAAAAGAUUUUAGAAAAAAAGAAAUCUUUGGAAAAUUUAAGCCCCAAUUCAAAAACAAUAAUCAAAACACCACAUAUUACGGAAGGACCUACUUUAAAUAAACAUGAUAAACCAAAUAUUCAUAGUAAAACCCCAUCUAUAGAUAAUCCUGAUAAAGAUGUCGAAUUUUUAGACAUUUCGGACGAUUACAACAACUUGGGUGGUAUGACAAUGGAAGAUUCGGAUUUGAAAAAAACUGAAGAUAAAUCACCUAAUAAAAAAACAAAACAUGAUAACAGUAUAACGGAAAAGAAUAAAUCGAUUCCCGAUAUGAAUUACAAGAAAGUUAAACCAGAGGUAUCUGAUAGUAUUGGUGCACUGAACUUCUCUGGUGAAAAUCCAGAUGAUAAAUUGGCCCUUUUUAAUGAUAAUUCAUAUGAAAAAGUCAAUGAAGAAAAACCAAGUGAUAAAUCAAUUGUAUUAGUGCCGACGACGGAUAAAAUUCCAAAGCCUGAAAAACGAUUAUCAACUGAUGAAACUUUCGAUAAGAACAGUGAUAGUAUUCUUAAUAAAGUACCCCAAACAAAUCCCUUUGAAUCAAAACCUGGGAAACCUAUAUCCGAUGAUGAUGCUCUUAAUGGUAAAAGUAAUUUUAUUCCUAUUCCGAGUAUUUCAAAAAACGAUGAAGGUACUUCUAAUAAUUCACCUGGAAUUCAAAAAAUAAUUGAUCUAGUCGAUAAUUCAGUUUCAAGUUCAAUUGAAGAAAUAUUAAAAAGCCCCAUAGAUAAAGAUGGCUUACUAUUACCUUCAAUAAAUGUUGAUGAUAUAAAUGUUACACCGAUAGAAAAACAUGACAAGAAUUUACCAAGUUCAAAAGACGAUAAAACUGAAUUUUCCAUUCCAUGUGACCACAAUAGUCAAAAGAUUUUAGAAAAAAAGAAAUCUUUGGAAAAUUUAACCCCCAAUUCAAAAACAAUAAUCAAAACACCACAUAUUACGGAAGAACCUACUUUAAAUAAACAUGAUAAACCAAAUAUUCAUAGUAAAACCCCAUCUAUAGAUAAUCCUGAUAAAGAUGUCGAAUUUUUAGACAUUUCGGACGAUUACAACAACUUGGGUGAUAUGACAAUGGAAGAUUCGGAUUUAAAAAAAACUGAAGAUAAAUCACCUAAUAAAAAAACAAAACAUGAUAACAGUAUAACGGAAAAGAAUAAAUCGAUUCCCGAUAUGAAUUACAAGAAAGUUAAACCAGAGGUAGCUGAAAGUAUUGGUUCACUGAAUUUCUCUGAUGAAAAGCCAGAUGAUAAAUUGGCAUUCAUUGAUGAUCAUUUAUAUAAAAAGGCCAAUGAUAUAAAACCAAUUGAUAAACCAAUUGUUUUAGAGCCGACGAAGGAUAAAAUUCCAAAGCCUGAAAAACGAUUAUCAACUGAUGAAACUUUCGAUAAGAAUAGUUAUAAGGACAGUGAUAGUAUUCUCCAUAAAGUAUCCCAAACAAAACCCUUUGAAUCAAAACCUGGGAAACCUAUAUCCGAUGAUGAUGCUCUUAAUGGUAAAAGUAAUUUUAUUCCUAUUCCGAGUAUUUCAAAAAACGAUGAAGGUAUUUCUAAUAAUUCACCUGGAAUUCAAAAAAUAAUUGAUCUAGUCGAUAAUUCAGUUUCAAGUUCAAUUGAAGAAUUAUUAAAAACCCCCAUAGAUAAAGAUGGCUUACUAUUACCUUCAAUAAAUGUUGAUGAUAUAAAUGUUACACCGAUAGAAAAACAUGACAAGAAUUUACCAAGUUCAAAAUACGAUAAAACUAAAUUGUCCAUUCCAUGUGACCACAAUAGUCAAAAGAUUUUAGAAAAAAAGAAAUCUUUGGAAAAUUUAAGCCCCAAUUCAAAAACAAUAAUCAAAACACCACAUAUUACGGAAGAACCUACUUCAAAUAAACAUGAUAAACCAAAUAUUCAUAGUAAAACCCCAUCUAUAGAUAAUCCUGAUAAAGAUGUCGAAUUUUUAGACAUUUCGGACGAUUACAACAACUUGGGUGAUAUGACAAUGGAAGAUUCGGAUUUAAAAAAAACUGAAGAUAAAUCACCUAAUAAAAAAACAAAACAUGAUAACAGUAUAACGGAAAAGAAUAAAUCGAUUCCCGAUAUAAAUUACAAGAAAGUUAAACCAGAGGUAGCUGAAAGUAUUGGUUCACUGAAUUUCUCUGAUGAAAAGCCAGAUGAUAAAUUGGCAUUCAUUGAUGAUCAUUUAUAUGAAAAGGCCAAUGAUAUAAAACCAAUUGAUAAACCAAUUGUUUUAGAGCCGACGAAGGAUAAAAUUCCAAAGCAUGAAAAACGAUUAUCAACUGAUGAAACUUUCGAUAAGAAUAGUAAUAAGGACAGUGAUAGUAUUCUUCAUAAAGUACCCCAAACAAAACCCUUAGAAUCAAAAACUGGGAAACCUAUAUCCAAUGAUGAUGCUCUUAAUGGUAAAAGUAAUUUUUUUCCUAUUCCGAGUAUUUCAAAAAACGAUGAAGGUACUUCUAAUAAUUCACCUGGAAUUCAAAAAAUAAUUGAUCUAGUCGAUAAUUCAGUUUCAAGUUCAAUUGAAGAAUUAUUAAAAACCCCCAUAGAUAAAGAUGGCUUACUAUUACCUUCAAUAAAUGUUGAUGAUAUAAAUGUUACACCGAUAGAAAAACAUGACAAGAAUUUUCCAAGUUCAAAAUACGAUAAAACUGAAUUUUCCAUUCCAUGUGACCACAAUAGUCAAAAGAUUUUAGAAAAAAAGAAAUCUUUGGAAAAUUUAAGCCCCAAUUCAAAAACAAUAAUCAAAACACCACAUAUUACGGAAGAACCUACUUUAAAUAAACAUGAUAAACCAAAUAUUCAUAGUAAAACCCCAUCUAUAGAUAAUCCUGAUAAAGAUGUCGAAUUUUUAGACAUUUCGGAUGAUUACAACAACUUGGGUGGUAUGACAAUGGAAGAUUCGGAUUUAAAAAAAACUGAAGAUAAAUCACCUAAUAAAAAAACAAAACAUGAUAACAGUAUAACGGAAAAGAAUAAAUCGAUUCCCGAUAUGAAUUACAAGAAAGUUAAACCAGAGGUAGCUGAAAGUAUUGGUUCACUGAAUUUCUCUGAUGAAAAGCCAGAUGAUAAAUUGGCAGUCAUUGAUGAUCAUUUAUAUAAAAAGGCCAAUGAUAUAAAACCAGUUGAUAAAUCAAUUGUUUUAGAGCCGACGAAGGAUAAAAUUCCAAAGCCUGAAAAACGAUUAUCAACUGAUGAAACUUUCGAUAAGAAUAGUGAUAGUAUUCUUAAUAAAGUACCCCAAACAAAACCCUUUGAAUCAAAAACUGGGAAACCUUUAUCCGAUGAUGAUGCUCUUAAUAGUAAAAGUAAUUUUAUUCCUAUUCCGAGUGUUUUGAAAGACGACGAGAUUUCUGAUAUAAAUAAAACUGAAGUUAAAUUACCAAAUAGAAUUUUAACACAGAAAAAAACAGCUAAAAAUAUAUUAUCAUCUACCAAUGUACAUGAAAAGAUUUUUCCAGGAAAUUUAUCAAAUUCUGGCCAAUAUGGUUUUAAACCAAUUUCACUGAACUCCAAAAUUUCUAAUCUUGAUGAACAUAUUUUAAUAACUAAUAAAGACGAACAUUCGUCGGUUUUAAGUGCAAUUGAUAAACAUAAUAAUAGUUUAUUAGAUGACGAUGAAGAAAUGAAUCUUAGUUGUGAAACCGAGCCCAUUGUGGAUAAUUCCAAGUAUUUAUCAGAAAACCAUAAGAAAAAUAUUCCUGUUAAUCAAAUUAAACAACAAAAUAAUGAAUUUCGGCGAACACCGGCCAACAUGAAACACACCAAGAAUGAAACCCUUAAAGAAAUUGUGAAAACUGAAGUAAAUAAUGAUAAUCCAAAAGUUAAUACACAUGACGGGUUUGAUAACAAUUAUUAUGAUUCAAACCACAUUGAUAAAUUACCUAAAAUAAUUAAUGAAAAUAGUAACAUAUAUAAUCACCCAUCAACUAUAGUUACUUCCGAAGUUAUUUCACCUAUUAUGUCAGAUUAUAAUUUACUGAAUGAAGAUGAUAAUCCAUACGGUUACAUGUUACCCAAGUUUCGCACAAAAUAUAUUGAGGGUGGUAAUUCAAAUAAUUUAUGGGAAAUAGUUCCACCAAAAAAAAAUAACGAUUUCAGUAUACAUAAGGAAUCUGAUAAUUAUAAUAAUGAAAUAAAUCAAUCCGUUGAUUAUACUAAGAAUAAUAUAAUUUCUAGUCGUGUUAAUAAUGAUAAGAAAACUAUAUCAGAAACUGAAACUGUCAAACAUAGUUAUGACGAUAAAGAAAAUACUGAUAUUCACAAUAAAAUGUAUGAUGAUUUCAUUAAGAAAAUGUCAGAACAAUUGUUUAAAAAAAUCGAUAAUAUUGAUGACAAAAUUUCUAAAUUGGAUAAAUUAUCUAACAAUAGUUCUUACAUAACACAAAGUUACAGUUUAAGAUCUGAUGAUCCUGGUACAAAAAAUAUUAUACUUAUGAAAGAUUUACCUAUCAAUAAACCAAAAAAUAAAAUAGAAGAGCCUGACUCAGAGCUAGAUUCAAAAAUAAAUAAAUCAGUAGAAAGUCAUGAAACAAUGAUAAGUUAUAAAAGUAAUGAAGAUAAUGUAAUCGAAGAAUCUACAAAACCAAGUAAAGAUAAACAUAAGAAACAUAAGAGGCACAAUAAAAAACAUAAAAAGCAUUCAAAACAUGACAGGCAUAAAAAGAAGAAAAGUCAUAAGAAAAAUGAUAAAAAUGAUAGUUAUAAUGAUGAUGAGGAUGAUGAUGAUGAUGAUGUUGAUGACAGGCAUAAAAAAUAUAAAAUUCAUAGGAAAAAUGAUAAAAAGGAUGAUGAUGACAAACAUAAAAAAAAUAAAAGUCACAAAAAAAAUGAAAUGAUUGAUAGUAAUGUUGAUGAUGAUGAUGAUGAUGAUGAUGAUAAUAGGGUUAACAAGAAAAGUCUUAAGAAAAAUUAUAUUAAUGAUGAUGAUAUCAAAGUUUUACGAAAUAAAAAAACUGAUAAUAAAAAGAAAAAAAAGAUAAAAGACAACAUAUUACUACAUGAAAGCAAUGAAGUCAAUAAAAGUUGUAGUCUUCAAAUGAAUAGUGAAGAUGAUGAUUCUGUAAAAGGUUUAAAAAUUAAAAGUAAAUCAAAAAAUUCCAAAAAAACUAAUUCAACUAAAAGAAAAAAAUCGUCACCAAAAAAAAAGUCAAAACAUAUGAAACAUUCCAAAUAUAUCAAAUAUAAAAAUAAAGAGAUUCCUGUAGAUGUCAGUGAUGAAGAUUCAAGUUCAAAUAAAAAAAAUUAUAAUUUUGAAGAAUUCAAUGUAAAAACUAGUCGUAUUAAUAAUGAAAAUAAUGUACCAAAAGAGAAAACGCAUAAACAUAAAAUGCGUAAACAUAAAAAGCAUAAGAAACCUUUAAAAACUAGUAAAACUUACAAAUAUAAAGAAAUCCCCGUAGAUAACGAAGAUUUAAUUUCAGAUGAAAAUAAUGUUAAUUUAGAAGAAACCUAUAAUAUAAACAUUACUAAUGAUGAUAAUGCGUUGAAACAGAAAAGGCUUAGACAUAAAAGACUUAAAAAAAUGAAGAAUAUUGAUAUUAAUAUUGUAAAAGACACUGACAAUCAAGUUCUAAAUAAAGAUACUGAUACGAGGCAUGGAUAUCAAUUUUACACUUUUUAUCCACAAUACCGAUACACAAAUCCAUUUGCAAGACUUUUUUACUAACCCAUAAUACGUACGAUAAUACUUUAUACUAAAUGAUAAUAACUUGGAAAAAUACCUUGUUAUUAUUGUUCUAUAAGUAAACAGUUUUAACGCAGGUACCUAUACUUUAAAUACUAACCAAAUUUAUAAACUGCGACUGAAUUAUUAUCAAUGAACACGUUUCUACAUCUGGAUUUCAAAACAUAUAUAGUUAAUAAAAUAUAAAUAAUAUAAUACAUAGAAAUAUAUUAUAUUCUUUUGAAUAA